AUGAGGAGAGUUAGAGUGAUGAUGAUGGUGUCCUUGUCAUCUUUUUGGCUUUAUGAAGAAUCCUGGCUCAAGCCCUUUGCUCGAUCUCUGCUGUGGUUCCUAGGCUUCAUCUUCUGGGGGACUGCGGCAGCUUUGGCCUUUGGUGGAGUACUUGUGAUUGUGAUGUAUGAGAACUACAGAUAUUUAUUUCAGGAGUCUUUCUUGUCUCUCCCUGGCUGGCUGGCUGUUGCAGCUGCACUUAUUUUGCUACCUACAGGAGUUUUGGCUAUCUCUAUUUCUGCUAAGAGCUCCCGCUAUAAGCAAGGGGUUCUCAUGUACUUGCUGCUGGUCCUUCUUUGCCUAGAAAUGUCUUCAGCAGUUCUGGCACUGUUCUACACUGUUCGGAUGACUUCUGAGCCGAAAAGGACUCUGGAUUACCUUGUCUAUCAGUACAAUGGGACACACUCUGAGGGUCCUGGCAGCAGGGCUGUGGAUGCGGUACAGAGGAAGCGGCAGUGUUGUGGGGCCCAAAACUACACGGAUUGGCUAAAGGCAACAGCUGCUUCUUGGCAACUCCCAGUUGAAAGCUGCUGUAAGAAGUAUUCUGGCUGCAGGAGUGACUUAAGACAUCUGGAGCAGCUUUUUCAGGAAGGCUGUCUAAAGAAGCUGGAAGACUGGUUGCAUUUUGUCAUGACCUACCUGUUUUGGUGCUGUACUGUGCUAAGCAUCUUAGAGCUGUUGGCUGGUGUCAGCAAUGGCAUACUCAUGAGGUAUCAGCCUCCCCACGACCUCCGAUUUCUGGACUCAUCUACCUUCUCAUAG